AUGAACUUAUUUCGGCUCAGUGCAGACAUGAUGCAUUUGGCAUCCAUCUUGAUUUUACUAGCAAAGAUUAAACAAAGCCGUUCUUGCGUUGGCAUCUCACUCAAGACGCAAAUUUUAUUCUGUAUUGUAUUUUUGACGCGAUAUAUCGAUGUUGUAUAUAAAUUUCACUCUGUAUAUAAUACAGCCAUGAAGAUAUUCUUUCUCGCUUCGUCUGUUUACGUCUUGUAUUUAAUGAAGGUCAAAUUCAAGGCAACCUACGAUCCAAACCUUGAUACCUUCCGAAACGAAUAUUUACUGGUAUUUGCUGCUGUCUUAUCAGUUUUACUUUGUUACGAAUACACCGUGAUCGAGGUACUUUGGUCCUUCUCUAUUUGGUUAGAAUCAGUAGCCAUUUUACCACAAUUAUUCAUGUUACAACGUACAGGAGAAGCAGAGACGAUCACCACUCAUUAUAUUUUCGCACUAGGUGCCUAUCGUACACUUUACUUGUUUAACUGGGUUUACAGAUAUUAUUACGAAGAGAAAUAUACCGUGGAUUGGAUUGCUUCUUUAGCAGGCUUAUUACAAACUGCCUUGUAUAGUGAUUUCUUUUAUAUUUAUUACGUCAAGGUUGUGAAGGGUCAAAAGUUCGAAUUACCAAAGUAA